AUGAGCUUGAUGAGGAUGUUCAGAGACGGGCCUGAAGUGUCCUUAAGUGGGUCCCCAAUUGUGUCGCCUAUCACGGCUGCUUUGUGUGGUUCUGACCCCUUUGGACCAAGGAGGACAUACCUGCACACCGGAAACAAGGGACCCGGCAAGAACACCGGACAGAGUCUCGACGCCAAAAAACGUCCCGACAAUCAGGGGAGUCAGCAUGACAAGGGCGCCAGGCGGGAUCAUCUCCUUAAUGGAAGCAUCGGUCGAGAUCUUCACACAGGUAGCAUAAUCGGGCUUGGCAUGACCCUCCAUGAGGCCCGGGAUUGUGUUGAACUGCCUGCGGACUUCCUCCACCAUUUUUAG